AUGGCCACCUUCUUGAGGACCGCCAGUCGCUCGCGACCUUUCUUGUCCAGCCCAAUUGCUCGCUCAGCUUCAAGGCUAUCUCCCAUCGCUGUCCGCAAGCAACAUGCCGCUGCUGCUGCUGUUAGCGACAAUGGAGAGCAACCCUUCUUCCCCGACGAGCCCACCGGCCCCAUUGUCAAGACCGCAAUCCCAGGCCCAAAGAGCCAAAAAGCCAUUGAAAGGCUGAGCAAAGUCUUCGACACCCGAAGCUUGAACAUGAUGACCGACUACCAAAAGAGCUAUGGCAACUACAUCGCCGACCCAGAUGGCAAUGUCCUUCUCGACGUUUAUGCUCAGAUUGCUUCCAUUCCCGUGGGAUACAAUAACCCCACCCUCCUCCUCGCCGCUACUUCCCCCGAGAUGGCUUCUGCCAUCAUCAACCGUCCUGCACUGGGCAACUUCCCCCAGCACGACUGGGCCGACAUUCUUGAGACUGGUAUCUUGGCCGCGGCCCCCAAGGGGUUGGACCAGGUCUUCACCGGUACUACUGGUUCAGACGCAAACGAGCUAGCCUACAAGGCUGCCUUCAUGUGGAAGAGACAGCAAGAGCGUGGUGGCUACCACGUUGACUUCACCGAACACGAGAUUAACUCCUCUAUGGUCAAUCAGUCUCCAGGCGCUCCUGAACUUUCUAUCCUCUCCUUCUCUUCUGGUUUCCACGGACGUCUAUUUGGCAGUCUGUCCACAACUCGAUCCAAGCCCAUCCACAAGCUCGAUAUUCCCGCCUUCGACUGGCCCCGCGCUCCUUUCCCUUCGUGCAAGUACCCACUCGAUGAGUACGCCGCUGAGAACGCCGCCGAGGAGCAGCGCUGCCUUGAUGAGACCGAGCGUCUGAUCAAGGAGUGGCACAACCCACCCGCAGCCGUCGUUGUGGAGCCCAUCCAGUCCGAGGGUGGCGACAACCACGCCUCUCCCAACUUCUUCCGCGGUCUUCGCGAGCUCACUAAGAAGCACAACAUCCUCUUCAUUGUCGAUGAGGUGCAGACUGGUCUCGGCGCCACUGGAAAGCUUUGGGCUCACGAGCACUGGGGUCUUUCAUCCCCACCAGACAUGGUGACCUUCUCCAAGAAGGCCCAGGCUGCUGGAUACUACUACAGCAACACCGAGCUCCGACCCAACAAGCCGUACCGUCAGUUCAACACCUGGAUGGGUGACCCCGCGCGUGCUCUUCUCUUCCGUGCCAUCAUCAAGGAGGUCGAGCGUCUCAACCUCGUCGAGAACACUGCUGCCACUGGAGACUACCUCUACGACGGUCUCAGGAGCCUCGCCCAGAAGUACCCCAACGAGAUCAAGAACCUCAGGGGCAAGGGACAAGGCACAUUCAUCGCUUGGGACAGCCCACGACGAGACGAGGUUCUCAAGAAGGGCAAGACCGUCGGCAUCAACAUCGGUGGAAGCGGCGAGGCUGCCGUCCGUCUCAGGCCAAUGUUGAUCUUCCAGAAGCAUCACGCCAACAUUCUUCUUGAGAAGCUCGAGGCUAUCUUCAAGUCUUAA